CGGUCGGUGAAACAGAGCAGCAGUAUGGCCGACCAGAGCAGGCAAAUUAAACUCGCUGCAGCCAAGAAAAAGCUGAAAGAGUUUCAGCAGAAGACCUCCCCUGCUAGUGUGGGAGGAGAAAAGGGUGGAGGAGGAGGUGGUGGGGCAGGGGCCAAAAAGAAGAGGAAGGUGAAGGGACUGAACCAACACGAUGCUCCUUCAACAGACAGAAACUCUCCAGACAAUUUUGACAGUAUUCUGAAAGCACUUAGUCAAAGCAAUGGAGUAGUCCUACCUCCUUAUGGCAACAGUCAGACCUUUGCUGACAUGGAGGCCAUCGGGUCUUCAGUUCCCCAGCUGCUGGAGGACCCAAAGGGCGAGCCUGGUCGCGGCUCACCUGUGUCUAACCCUGCUAGCGCUAACACUGCUACUAACUCUGAGUCUGUCGGUCACAACACUGACCUGCAGCAGGACUAUCCCGAUACCAACGGCAAUGAGAGUUUAACAGAAGAAAAUAGACCACUGUCUUCCACAGAGAGCCUGCGACAGCUCUCACAGCAACUGAACGGCCUAGUCUCUGAGUCAUCUGCUGCGUAUGUGAAUGGGGACAGCGCACCUUCUGGUGGAGAGAGAGAGCUGGAGGGUCGGAACCAGGAGCUGGCAGCCGCCCUGGAGUCCAGCAACCUAACAAACUCUCAGCUAAAUACCAAGCUAGACCAGCUGGCACAGCAAUCUCAGGGGCUGUCAGAUCAGCUACAAAAGGAGCGUAAAGAAUUCGAACAGAGAUUUUCAAAAGAGCAGGGAGCCAUGCGGGAACAAUUACAGGUUCACAUCCAGACCAUUGGUAUACUUGUAUCAGAGAAAUCAGAGCUACAAACAGCACUACAAUACACACAACAGGCUGCACGGCAGAAAGCAGCUGAGGCAGAGGAGUUGAAUAACCGUCUGCAGGCAACAAAGCAGAGAGUGUCAGAGCUCGAGAGAACACUGUCGACUGUCUCAACACAGCAGAAACACUUUGAAAAGCAAAACAAAGAAUAUGAAAAGGAGAGAGACAGUCUGAGGCUAGAGGUGUUUAGACUAAACAAUUUGAGUGAGGAGUCGAAGCAGCAGAGCUCGGAGCUGUCAGAGCAGAUAAAGCUGAGUACGCAGGAGAAUGGAGCAAUGAGGCUGGAGGUGGAAGAUCUUCGCAAGAGACUUGAAAUAGCUGACCUCAUGUUGCAACAGUGCUCCAGUCAGUCAGAUCCCACCAGUGCCAACCAGCAGGUCCAGUUAUUGCUGGGAGAGAAGCAGCAGUUGGAGGCACACAAUCACCAGCUGAUGGAGUCAGUAGCCCAGCUGCAGAUAGAGAGGGACCGUUAUGCAGAGCAGAUCCAGGAGGAGGGCCGUGUAUGGAAAGACAAAACAGAACAGCUGCUAACACAGAUGUCUUUGGUUGCAGAGGAGAGGGACAGAAACAUCAGCCGAGUCCAAGAACUGGAAGCCAGCAUCACGGAGCUAAAAAAUGCUGCCGCGUUGUUGUCCCAGGAGAGAGAGGCGCUGGAUAUUGCAGAGCCCCAGUCCUCAGGGCCAUCAGAGAGUGAGGUGGCUCUGCAAGAGGCUCUCAACACACUACAGCAGGAGAAAGAUGCUCUUACUGCACAGUACCAGGCACAGCUGCGAGAUAACGAGCAGCUGAGCCGCCUGUGUGCGGAGCAGGAGACGCGUAUGGGCGAGAUGGAGCGGCAGGUGGAGAGCCAAACCCAGGAGGAGGAGGACCGCCGGCGCAUGCUGGAGGAGGUUCAGUCAGACAAGGCCACUAUUAGCCGUGCUCUCACCCAGAACCGCACACUGAAGGACCAGCUGGCUGAGCUACAGAAUGGUUUUGUCAAACUGACCAAUGAGAACAUGGAGCUGACCACUGCCAUCCAGUCAGAGCAACAUGUGAAAAAAGAGCUGGCUCGCAGGAUGGGUGAACUACAAGAGGAGCUGCAUAAUGUCAAAGAGCAGCUGGAACUGAAAGGUACGGAAACUCAGGGUCUGAUAGAGCAGAGGGACCAGGUCGUGGCCCACCUGCAGCAGUAUUGUGCUGGCUACCAGGCCCUGGCCUCGGAGAGGGAACAGAUCCAACACCAGUAUCUGCAGCAGCUUCAGCUGAUGGACCGGCUGCAGCACGAUGAAAGCCAGGGCCGCGUGCAACUGGAGAUCAGUCACAAUCAGCUCAAGCAGGCGCAGGAGCAUCUGGAGAUGUUGGUCAAAGACAACGAGCAGCUGAAGGCGGAGGUAAAGGAGCUGCUCAACAGCUCUGCUCUUGCUUCGUCACCCAGAGACCAAGGUGAUGGAGUGGAAAGCCAGUCCCUGCAGGAGAGCCAAGAGAAGUCUUCCUCCUUAGUUAUCCCAGAAGACUUUGAGAGCCAAAAGGAAAUGGAGGAGUUUAUCCGUGGAGCUCUGGCUCAGUUGGAGGCGGAGAGGGACGAGGCCAGAAGGCAACUGGAGGAGGAGCACAGGCUCCACAUGGCAGCCCGUCACCAGACCGCUCUGGCCCUCAGCCUUGAGCACCAACACCACAGCCACAAACCUGUUCAUGAUCAUCAUCACGAUCACGAUCACACUCAGGGCCAACACAGUCAUUGUGAACACAGUCACGAGCAUUCAGAAGGAGGAGUGCCUGUGGAAGUUCAUCAGGCCCUGCAAGCUGCCAUGGAGAAACUUCAGCAGCGUUUCACCUCCCUCAUGCAAGAGAAAGCUGACCUGAAGGAGAGGGUGGAGGAGCUGGAGCACCGCUGCAUCCAGCUGUCUGGAGAGACCGACACUAUAGGGGAGUACAUAGCGCUGUAUCAGAGUCAGCGGGCCAUCAUGAAGCAGAAACACCAGGAGAAGGAGCAGUACAUCAGCAUGCUGGCUCAGGACAAGGAGGAGAUGAAAGCGAAGCUGGCGGAGCUGCAGGAUCUAGUGAUGAGACUGGUGGCUGAGAGGAAUGACUGGUACAGCCGCUACACCGGAGCAGUUGCCGGCACUGGCACAGUGAACCCAGACCUACUUCCUGUUGGGGAGGAUCACACUCACCCUGAGCACCAAGCACACACACAUACAGAGCUCAGUGCUGCCAGUGGAGCAGAAACCAUGGAGGUCAUUCCUCUGUCAGAGCCCACCACAGACCUGGAAGCCUCCUCAUCCCAGACACUGUCGAGCGUGUCAGCCCAGACUGAUUCCAAGCCCCUGGCACCCAAAGAGGACGGCACUGCCCAGCAGAUCAUGCAGCUGCUCCAGGAGAUCCAGAACCCCCAGGGAGCACUAAGAUCACCCCCUUUCCUCGGAGAGAACCCCUGCAUCCCCUUCUUCUACCGGCCUGAUGAACAGGACGAAGUCAAGAUCCUGGUGGUGUGAGUGAGUUGUGUGUAUGACAGAUGCUGGUGUGUGUGCUUGUGUGUGUAUGAGAUAUUGGACAUGUCUUGAAGUCUGGGGAUUAUUAAACACAACAGUAUGUUUGUAGAUUAUUGAUCAUAUUCACAAACACUUCUAAAGUAACAUGACCCCCCGCAACAGUGGUCACAGACAUGUGAAUGUCUUUGACCCAGUUACAUUAAAAUGCCCCCUCUCUGUUCUGUGUGCUGGCACUAAUGUGUGCAUGGAUAAAAAGAGAGUAUUUUCUAUUUGUUGUUUUAAUGUUUUUUGUCUAUGAUGCUCUUCCCAGAGAGAUAAUCAGUAUUCCUUAACGCAAUCUGAUUACUCUUCUUACCACCAUUUUUAAUCCCCAUCCCUCUUUCAUCUCCCAUUUUACACAUAAGUGCAAUAAAGGGGUCGUAUAUUCUGUGCCCUUGCUGAUACAGUACUUCGAAGCUUUUGAAAAAUUAGCAGCCUGGUUGUGUGCAACUUCAUUUUAGUGCAAAUCUCAGUUUUACACAAUUCACUGUACAAAAUGCCAAAAAAAGAGCAUCACGUUUGAAUGUAAUAGUCCGAAUAUUUACCUGUGUGUUUGUGUAACGUGAGGAGAACUGAUGAUAGUGAAAGGUUGCACAAGGAGAGGAGAUGCAGAGCGAGAGGGAAGUUGAAGUCAGUUAAAGAGUGCACAUAAUAGCUUUUGAAUUGUAAGUGCUGUUUAAAGUCAAGAGCUGGCGAGUUACAUGAUGACGUUCAGGAAGACAGAGGCAGGUGUCGCAGAGUGGUACUGUUCCUAAAAUAACCUUUUCUCCACAUCAUCUUUUUUCCUCCAAACACUGAAAAUAAGUCUUAUGUUUGUACAGUGUGAAAUGUUAAUAUAUGUGAAAUGCUUGUGUUGUGAUGUCAAACAUCCUGUUAGACUGAGAGAAGUCACCGCCGUUAUGAAAAGGUCGGUUCUGAAGUCAUUUAGGGGAUAGAUGCAAUUUAAAGACCCCAUAAAGAAAAAAACAUAAUUUCUCAACUGUUGCUAAAACAUCUUCAAAGUUAAAUUCAUCUAAAUAAUAAGAGGAGAAGUAGGAGUAAUAGAAGUUGCUAUCCGCAUCAUGUUUAUCUGCAAAUUGUUUUACUUUUGCUUUACCAUUACCAUAAUAAAUACUAAGGUGCAGUAACUUGGAGGAAGUUACAGAGAAGUUAAAAUCUCAAAAUCUUCACUCAUAAUUCAUCUUUCAUUGCGUAAUAUUCUAUAAAUAGUUGCUCUAAGGUAUUUCACUGUCCCGUAGACUGUAUAUUAAGAUGGACAACACAUCUCCUCUUACAAAAUGAAGCCAGAAUAUCCUAGAUCUUGCGUAGGUGACUUCAUUUGGAGCCAGAAUCUGCACAGUCACGAUCCAGCGGUAUCAAGUUCCUGCCCAUACUCCUGUUGGACCACUUGAGAGCAGCGCCAUGUAUUGUGAGCAUGCCAGUUGGCACACACAGCUGUCAGUCAUAAUCACAAAGUCCCUUUUUAUAGCAUCAAAUAACAAAUUAUAACCAAACCCAAACUUUACAAAUGUUAUUGGACUGAAUGGAUCGAAUCUCGAUAGUGAAUAUAAUGAUUUUGCAGGGGCUGUGUCACUCAAAAGAAAUGUAUCCAUUGAUUUACAGAUGUCUCUUUCCCUAAUACAUAUCCACAGGAAAAAGUAUUUAGGGCCCCAUGGCAUCACAUGAUGGACCCAGACGGUGUAAUUCCACUUGUGGCCACUAUGUGAAAUAAACUAACCCAGCAAUCUUCCUCGGGGGUGGAAGUUAUGACCUAUACUGCAGCUAGCCACCAGGGGGCAGUCGAGAUGUUUUAGCUUCACUUUUGUUGAGCUCUCGUGUAGUCCAUUUUUAUAUGCUGUCUAUGGGCAGGCCUCAUCACAAAAUCAGUCCACACUUGUCAUUUAAGUCAUGAAAACGUAAUUUUUUCCUCAUCUCUGCUCAUCCACAACUGAGCCAUAACAUCUAUCCCAUGGGGUCUUUAAGUCUCUAAGCACAUCGACACUAUUCAUAAGAGCCUGGUCUUUUCUGUUACGUUUGCUUGUAGUUUCACAUAUCAAAGAUGAAUUAAUGCACAUCCUUUACAACUGGACUGUGUGAGUGAUGCGUGAGUGUGUGUAUAUUUCCAGCUGUUUCCUCGUCAGCUGAAGUUGCAUCUGUUGUUCCUUUUUGUAGAGUUCUAUCAGAUUAUAUAAGUAUGAUUGCACUAAAACUGUAAAAAGCUUCUCAUUCAGCUCUGUCCUCUGUGGCUGUUUAGACCGUUUCUGCCACAGAGCCAAUUAGCUGGUUUAAUAAUAUCUGCAGAGGAAAAAAAGGGGGAAUCCGAUGAAGCGACACUCUUAAGCUGAGGGUUCCAGUUGAAGCGUAUGAAUUUAAUUGAAGGUGUGUGAGUGUGUGUGCAGUGUUGCGCUCGAAGGAUGAAUUGUAAAUAUGAGUGAAAGCUGGUGAAAUUAAUGAGACUGCUCACUUCCAGAGGUUGUAAUGUUAAUCCCAAAAGUAUGGGACCAAUCAGAACUUGAGGAAACUUUCCAAAGCAAGUCAAAUUUGUUCAUAUUUUCUAACUCUUGUAUUGGCAACACUGAGUGAAUCUUUGGGCAUUGGAAACAAGAACUAAAGUAGUAGUUUUCCCAACAUGAGGAGCAACUCAUCGCAGGCGUCUAGCUUUAAGGGAGAGAUGCUCAUGUUCACAAAUGUAGAGGUUGAUUUCUUCACCAUUGAGGUCUUUCCCUUUGCAACUAAUAACCAAGAGCUACGCUAUCACAGCUUUUUUUAUAUAUAUAUAUAUAUUUCAGGUCAAAUCAUGGCAAAGGUCUCAGGUUUUUAAGAGUCUUUCCAUGAUUUUAUUAUGCAAAGACCUGAGCAUUUCACCGCAAGUCAUCCAAAAAUCCCAUUUUUGGAGGCAUUUCUUUCCUCUUAUUUGGAUUAAAUUUAAGAUCCUCCCUGUUGUGUUUAUUUUUAGGUAGAGGACACAUUUGUUUUGUUAUUAAAUUGCACAUUUGAUAUUUAUCACUUAAAGUAACAGGACAGAAAGCGUUGUUGCAAGUUUUUGUAUUUUAAGCCAAUUAUAGAAAGCUAUAUCUAAUACGUGAAGGCCAUAUGUUCUUUUUACAGGCAACAUGAACAGCUUGGCGACUACCCUAAACCACAGCACUUUGUUAGUAGCAGGUGGUUUUUGAAUAAAUUCACUGAAUCAUUCUUGAUUUUAAGAAAUUCCUCUGUCACUUUUUGGUUUCCUUUGCCACAAAAUAUGAUUCUUUCUUUUCUUUUAGUGUUGUUUCGGGGCUUGUAAAAUAAAACAAUGUGGAUAAAAUUACUCCCACGAUCUCUAAUUCACUGUUAAAUUUGCCAUGCGUGAUUGAAACAAAUAGCAAUGAGGAAGCAUUUAUUGUCUUUACUGUAAAAGAGGUGGUGUAUAUACUGUAACUGUGUAACAUAUUGUAUAUUCAUUAUGCCUGGUGUGUGGGGGAAGUGCUGCUCUGCCGUGUUUACUGGCAGCGUGGACGGUGUGUCUGGAAGUUAGUUCGGAGUCGGGGCGUAGGCGGUUACUGACUGGCUGUGAUUUAAUACAAAGAUUGACUAAAAAAAGAGAAAAUAUUCUAUUUAUUUGGAAUAAGUUAGUAUCUCAACUAAUCAGUUUUAAUGUAAAAUAGAAGUGACUGUUGGCUGGAAAUGAAGGAUCAUCUAGAGAACUGAUUUUGUUCGAGGGCUGCUUCUGACAGAAGCUUUCUGAUUUUUUUUUUCCUUGAGUAAUAUUUUCUCCCCUUCUCCUGAAUAAAACUGAUUGAGCAACUUGAA